AUGGCUUCUGCUAACCAAGGACACCAAAGUACAACCGCAGGCAUCGAGACAAUGAAUACCACGUCUAAUCCAUCUGCAACAGCGGAAUCCUCCCCAGCUUCUGUUGCUGCGUCUUUUUCUGCUUCUGCUUCUGCUUCUGUUGCUUCUGCCGCACCGCCGCUGUCAACCCAGCCAACCCAAGGUUCAUCAUCUCCCUCCAGCGCCCAAGCUCCCGGUCCCAUACUUCCUCCUAGCAUCAAUAACAACGAUAAGCACCCCUCCGCAAGCCAUAGCCGUCGACGACUGCAUCCACAGCCACACCCUCCGAGAAUACACACACAGUUUCCCUAUUAUAACCCUUUCUCGCUGCUAGACGACUCGUUGCUUCCCCGUAAACAGCGCUAUCGUCACCGUCAUUCGCUACGGCAUCGUGACCAGAGCCUCCUCCCUACUCACUCCCACUCCCGCUCCCUCCCCCACUUCCAGCUCCAGCUCCAUCUUCCUCACCAGCAACAGCAGCUACAACAACAACAACAACCGCAACGCCUUGACCCUAGUUUGUUAGACGGGGAUCCCAACCGCAGCAAACCCGUCGUUUCUUCAAAACAGCAGAAGGAGAAGCGCCGAUAUCGCCAUAAACGGCAUGCCUCACGGGAUGGCCAACUUCCAAGGACUGUGAGGGAUCACGCAAGUAUGAGUUUACGACCUGGAAAGUACGUAAAUAGGGAUAAGGGGUCGCGUAUUAAUGGUGUGGGGGAGCUUAGUGUCGCUCACACGGUUGCUGCGGGACAACGGUCUGAGGCGAGCGGGCUAGAGGCGAGUGAUAGUGGCAGUGGCACUACAGAGGAAAGGCUGCCCUUUGGAAGACGGAGGGAGAAUGUCACCAUGGCAGAGGUGAGGAGAGAGAGGAUGUGGAGGAUUAAGGAAGAGGAAUCAAACCGCACCACACUCAGCGACCUCUCCACUCUCUCCACAAACAUAACCCGCCGCCUGGACACAACCUACUACGCCCUCCUCGAAAAAAUCUCCAACCUCCACUCAGCGAUCUACUCCUUCCACACCCUCUCCACAGCCGCCUCCUCCCUCCACUCAGACUUCACCCGCGAAACAGACAACCUGUCCCGUGACACCACAGCCCAAAUCGACGAGUUCCAUACCGCCUUCACCGCCCAGAUCCAACGCAUCGAAGUCCUCGAGGGCCGCAUGCGCGCUGGCGCGGAGAAGGCGGCGGCCCUAAACAGGCGCAUGGAGAUUGUGCGGGGCAAGAUUGAGGCAUGGGAUCGGCGGGAGGGGGAGUGGCAGAGGCGGGUUACGACGCGCUUAAGGAUCUUCUGGGCGGUGGUGGGGACGGCGGUGGUAGUGUUGGUUGCUGCGUUGGCGGUUCAGCAAUUGAGGCCCGUCGAGGGUCUUGCGGGUCUUGCAGGUACAGGGAUUGGGGUUGGGGAUUUGGGCGAGGGUGAAGGUGUCAUCGGGAAGAAUGUGUCGACGGGGAAUUCGACGUGUGGGGUCGUUGGACAGGGGCUUCGGGAUGUGGAGGAUGUCUGGGUUAGUAAAUCGUUUGAGACAAACGGUGGGAUCCGAAGGGAGGAUGAUACUUGCCCGAGGAACUCGGUUCAAAAAUGA